CCAUCAUGUAUCCACAGCGGCAGUGAGCCUGUAGAUCUCUCGUGUAGCGCAUUUCCAGGGGUCUUGAUGCUGAGCAAGCGCUCCGUCCCCUCCCUGUGCCAAGUCUGGGCAGAACCCCCGAAAAUAAUAUGGGCCGGACUGAUAGCGCGGCAAUGGAUCUUGGUACGAAAACACCCCAACCACGUCUCUUGUCUCGCAGUGCGCCGUUCGGGAACUUUCGUUUCGUCAGAAGGCAAUUUCUGCUGUGUGUCUUUCAAUUGUUUCUACUGCGUUUUGUACCUGCUUUCUUGACUGAAGUCUGUCGCUACAUACAUUGGUACACCUUCAGUACACUCGCUCUAACCCGAGAUAUCUCGACCAGUCGCUCGUUUCCCACCGAUCCAUUUCGCCGGUUUUCUCGACAAUUGGAGGCAGAGAAGGAUUGAAAAGCCGAAAGUAUGAGGACUCAAUCGUGGAGAGCUUUGGCCGUGGCGGCUGUGGGGUUGUUUGCUGGAGUUGAAGCGCAGACUGGGAGCUUGCAGGAUUUGGGAUCACUGCUGGCAGAUCAGAAGAAUUUGACGACUUUCUACUCGUUAAUAAAAAAAUAUCCAGAUAUUCUGCUCAAACUACCCUCCCAAUCCGGUGUCACGAUCCUCGCGCCGAACAACGAUGCUUUCGACAAGAUCCCAUACACCCAACUCAAUUCUGCUUUCCAGAAUAACGACCAGGAUACGAUCGUCAAUGUUCUCAGUUACCAUAUCCUACAAGGGCAGAAGAUGGCAGCUCAAUUGGUCCCGGGCACACCUGUUUUCCUACCCACGCUGCUCAGCGAUGCGAAGUGGAGUAAUGUUACAGGAGGUCAAUACGUGGAGAAUGUAAAGCAGGCUGGAGAUGUGGUGGUAUUUGUCAGUGGACAGGGAAGCAGAGCUACGCUCACACAAGCCGACCUCCCCUUCUCUGGCGGCGUCGUCCAAGUGAUCGACUCCCUCCUCAUACCACCCACAAACUUAACAAUGACAACUACGGCUUUCAACCUUACAUCCUAUCAAGGUGCUCUGUACGCCAGCGAGCAAAUCAAAAACUUCACAGACACACCAAACUACACUCUCUUUGCGCCCAAUAACGCAGCUUUCCAAGCGCUCGGCUCAGCCAUCUCUUCCAUGUCAGUGGAAGACCUCAGCUCAGUCAUGAACUUCCACGUCCUCCCCAACCAAGUCACAUUCUCCACCUCCCUCAAAAACGGCACAACAUGGACCACUAAGCAAGGCGGUAACAUCACCAUCCGCCACUCCGGCAACAACGUCUUCGUCGACAGCUCCCAACUGCUCAACCCCGACAUCCUCCUCGCCAACGGCGUCCUCCACGUACUCGACAACGUGCUCAACCCUGAAGGUCCCGGCGCAAUGCCGAACCCUGACCUCCCUACUCAAGUUCCUGCGUUCGCGUCAGCGAGCUCGGUCACGAAUCUGCCGUUCACGACUGCGAUUCCGUGUACGGAGUCUUGUCCGGUGAGCAGCACGAGUGGGAGCGGGAGCGGGAGCGAGACGGCGACUGCGAGAGCUACGACGACAGCGGGGAGCGGCAAUCCGUUUACGACGAGUAGUAGUUCUGCGUUGGGGGUUGCGAUGGCGAGGGAGACGGGGAUGGUGGGUGUGGGGAAGGCGGGGUUGAUGGCUGCGCUUGGAGGGGCGGUGAUGAUGCUUUAAAUUUGAGUAAAUUUGAUCAUGAAAGGUGUUUCUCUUUGUGGUAUAUUUUAUUGUGGAUGGUCAUGAUUUGAGGUUCUUGUUCGAGUUGGAGCGGGGAAGAAAGAAAAAGCCGGUCGGGUUGCUUUUUUUGGGGCUAUGCGCGACUUUGGAGUUGGUAAAUACCUUUUAUGCUAUGUCCUCUUUACUUUGGUUGGACUUCCUAAAGGAUUUGGGGAGAAUGGGGAAAGGGCAUAUAUAGAUUGGUACCAUGAAAGAGCUUAGUUGGGAGAGGCGAUCGGGGAAUUUCAAUAAAUAACCGAUCUAUCGAUCGUCUUAAUGUAAUGCUUGGAACUUCAAGUCUAUCUUGGCUGCUUCUCCUGGUACUGCUUUGUUGUUGGG